AGAACUUCAGAAAGAGUGACUGUUCUCGGGUUGGUCGCGCCUUUCUCUCUUGGAUUAUACGAGUCAUCCAUAUUCGGAUUUACUGGAAACUUAGAUCACUCUAAUUACAGCCAUGACUGUAAAAACGGAAAGCGGAGCCACUUCUCCGGCUCUAACUUACUCCAAAAUGAGAGGAAUGGUAGCGAUACUCAUCGCUUUCAUGAAACAACGAAGAAUGGGAUUGAACGAUUUUAUUCAGAAAAUUGCCACCAACUCGUAUGCUUGCAAACACCCUGAAGUUCAGUCAAUCCUGAAUAUUUCUCAACCUACCGAACCAGAAUUACUGAAUGACAGCUCAUCACCUCCUCCUAGUCCAUCUCAGAAGAUCAACCUUGGUCCCUCAUCAAACCCUCAUGCUAAACCAUCUGAUUUCCAAUUUCUGAAAAUCAUUGGUAAAGGAAGCUUUGGAAAGGUGCUCCUUGCACGACAUAAAGUUGAUGAAAAAUUCUAUGCUGUUAAAGUUUUGCAGAAGAAAGCGAUCCUAAAGAAAAAAGAGGAGAAGCACAUAAUGUCUGAGCGUAAUGUGCUGCUAAAGAAUGUGAAGCACCCUUUCCUAGUUGGGCUCCACUUUUCUUUCCAGACAACAAGCAGAUUAUACUUUAUCUUGGACUACAUCAAUGGUGGAGAGUUGUUCUACCACCUUCAAAGAGAACGGUGCUUCUUGGAACCUCGAGCUCGUUUUUAUGCUGCUGAAAUCGCCAGUGCACUCGGAUACCUUCAUUCUUUGAACAUUGUUUAUAGAGAUUUAAAACCAGAGAAUAUUUUGUUGGACUCUCAAGGCCACAUUGUCUUGACAGACUUUGGACUUUGCAAGGAGAACAUUGAACCCAAUGGGACAACUUCCACUUUCUGUGGCACCCCUGAGUACCUUGCACCUGAGGUUCUUCACAAACAGCCUUACGACAGAACUGUGGACUGGUGGUGUCUCGGAGCUGUAUUGUACGAGAUGUUAUAUGGCCUGCCUCCAUUCUACAGCAGGAACACUGCAGAAAUGUAUGACAAUAUCUUGAAUAAACCACUGCAGCUAAAACCAAACAUAACAAACUCGGCCAGGAAUCUUCUGGAGGGUCUUUUGCAGAAAGACAGAACUAAAAGACUUGGUGCCAAGAAUGACUUUAUGGAGAUUAAGAACCAUGUCUUUUUCACUCCAAUUAACUGGGAUGAUCUCAUCAAUAAGAAGAUUACACCUCCGUUUAACCCUAAUGUGAGUGGUCCAAGUGACUUGCAGCACUUCGAUCCUGAGUUCACUGACGAGCCUGUCCCCAAUUCCAUUGGCCAAUCUCCUGACAGCAUCCUCAUAACUGCCAGUAUUAAAGAAGCUGCUGACGCUUUUAUGGGCUUCUCAUAUGCCCCACCAAUGGAGUCCUUUCUUUGAGCAAUGCUACGUUUAGCCAUCGGUUCAGUCACUUUGGUUAUUUUUAUUCUCUACUAACGAUUGCACAUCCUUCGUCAUAGCAUCACAGCCAUAAUUUUUAACAACAUUAUUUGGUUUUGCUGGGAGGAAUCAUCAGUAGAUAAGCGUCAAAUGGAGGAGGACACUGCCCCCAAAUAUUGGGUGCUAAUGUCCUGAAGAACAUGAACUUCAACCUGGCUGCAGACCAUGAACAUGUGAAGACAAGAAUAAAAAGGAAAGAGAAGAAGCAACUGUGUUGUUUUUUUUUUUGCAAUGUGCCUUUCUCCAUCCAGAGAUAGUCAAGACUCUAGAACUGUCCACAUUAGAUGGAAUUUCUUGGGUUUAUACAAUGAAAUGGAUGUGUGGUUUGUCACAGUGUGACUGGUAAUCACACCUAAAUGUGACACAUGCUGAUCACUAAUUUUGGGGCAUAUGUUCUUCCAUAUGUGGAAGCGAAAUUUAAUGUAGAUGCAAAAUCUUGUUUUGUGUUUUAGGUAGUACUAACGAAAUGUAUUGCCAAGUGGCUUGCAACAAUAUUUUUUAAAAUGCUUCUAGAAAAGCAUUGCUGCUAUUCAGAUUUCUAUUUUUAGAAAUGCGUUUUAUGGACCAAAAUGCCCCACAUUUAGUUGUUCAAAGUAGUAAUAAUGUGGUUUUAAUAAACAUUUUAUUUAUGUUUAUUUGUUUGGACAUUCCUGACCAUUUGUGCAUAUUGUAUAUAAUCAAGAGCUGUAUAUUUAAAUGAACAGAUAUAUAUGUAAGAAUUUAAACAUCACACCAAUGUACUGUAAUUAAUAAGAGGAAAUGUAUCUUUUCUGUGACCAAACCCAUGGGUUUGCAAUAAAAACUUUUAAAAAAGA